ACGCUAGAAAUUAGCAAACCGAAGGUUGACUUUGUUGUCGCUGUCCAGCAGCCAGCAGCUGCUGAGUCAAACAACGCCUUGAUGGUAACGAGGAUAUUGUGGUACAGUAGGCUGUCUCGCUUUUUCGGAUGCCUUUUCAUCAGCAACCUAAGUGGAAAGACGUUGAAGAAAGCCACUGCAACGUGGAAGAGCCCGUACACCGUCUACGCCGCUUUUUGGUUUUCAAUGUUUCUAGGCUACCAGACCAUCGCCUUGGUAUCCACGUCAAAGUCCGUUGAUAAAGACAAAACAUUUCCUCGAUACUUGAGGUUUGUUUCCUACGCUAUCAGUGUGGCGAAGGUGUGCGUAAAUUACAUGUGCUUUUGCCUGGGUUCGAAAGGCUUGCUCGAGUUCUUACGGAACGCAACGGUAUUCGAGAGGUCAACCUCGUUUUCACCCAGAGUCAAAAGGAGGCUCAACUUCGCCCGUCGCGCGUUUAACGUGACAGUCAGAACUGUGCUCGUUGCAUCUUUCAUCGGUGCGUUUUGCAUUGCUGUCACGGAAGGUAUGAGAAAGCUCCCUUCAGCGCCCUUGCAUUGGCGUCUGGGGAUUGGAGCGGUGGUUCUUGGCAGCGAAGUGGCCUUCUUCAUGUACGAAUCUCUGGUGCACGUCAUCACGACGCGUUGCUCGGAAGUACUGCAACGGUACCUCGAAUCCGAGUUGGCAAGGCUCGAGGCUAACUGCACGACAGACACUCACUACGCGCAGUUGAGCUCGGUGUCGAAGAUUGCCAUGGUUCGCGUGAACGUAUGCAAAAUAAAGGCUCUCAAGAGGAGGCUCGACAAGAUUUGCGGCCCAGCGAUCGUGGCUUCCUCCGCCAGCCUGCUAGCGUUGCUCUGCCUGAACGUGUACAGAUCGUUCACUGUGGAUGUGCAUGAGUUGGAACUCUGGUUGCCGAUCGUGUAUACUGUCUACUGUUGCCUCUGCUUAGUCGACAUGGCUUUUGUAAGCGACGACCUCGCAAAACAAACGAGGAAGGUAAAGGACGCCGCCAAGACAGUGACCAUGCUGUACUCGCCGAAAGAAUAUUUUCAACAGGUACGGUAUCUUCACAACACCAUCGAACCAGAGGAAAUGUGUUUCACCGGUUCCAACUUCUUUCGCCUUGACAGAGGACUUCUUCUUACGGUGACGGGCUCCGUAAUAACCUUUGCUGUGAUACUGAUGCAAACGGGUGGUGAUUUGAAACGUCGAAUGGGACUGCAGUGAAGCCAAAAACCGGCAAGACCAAGCGAAUGCC